UCCCCCCCAGAGCCUCGGAGGGAUGGCACCGGCGGGAGGGGGCGGGGCCGGUGCGCGGCCGUCUUCGCUGCCGCUGCUGCCCGCGCUGCGGCCGGAAACAAUAGUGGAAGAGUCCGAGCCGCGCGGAUCGGCUGCGGCGGCGCGCGAGGCUGGACGGGACACUAUGAACGAAGAGGAGCAGUUUGUAAACAUUGAUUUGAAUGAUGACAACAUUUGCAGUGUUUGUAAACUGGGAACAGAUAAAGAAACACUCUCCUUCUGCCACGUUUGUUUUGAACUAAAUAUUGAUGGAAUACCAAAAUCUAAUCUCUUGCACACCAAAUCGUUAAGGGGCCACAAAGACUGCUUUGAAAAAUACCAUUUGAUUGCAAAUCAGGAUUGUCCUCGAUCUAAGCUUUCAAAAAGUACUUAUGAAGAAGUUAAAACCAUUUUAAGUAAGAAGAUAAACUGGAUUGUACAAUAUGCACAAAAUAAGGAUCUGGAUUCAGACUCUGAAUGUUCUAAAAAUCCCCAGCGUCACCUGUUUAAUUUCAGGCAUAAAUCAGAUAAAAAGUUACUCCCACAGUUUGACUCCCAAGUUCCAAAGUAUUCUGCAAAGUGGAUAGAUGGAAGUGCAGGUGGUCUGGCAAACUGUACACAGAGAAUAUUGGAACAAGGGGAAAAUGCAGACUUUGGGCUUAGUGUGUUACAAGAUUCAAGUACCACUCUGUGCCACAAUAGUGUAUUGUGGCCUCAUAGUCAAAACCAGGAACAGAAAAAAGAAAAGACAAUCUCUAACCCAGAGGCUAACGUCCAGACCCAGCAUCCACAUUACAGCAGAGAGGAAUUGAAUUCAAUGACUCUUAGUGAGGUAAAGCAACUGAAUGCAGAGCUCCGACAGCAAAUACAAGAAGUCUUUGAAGAGUUAGCCCACCAAGUGCAAGAAAAAGAUUCUUUGGCCUCACAGCUCCAUGUCCGCCACAUUGCAAUCGAACAGCUUCUUAAGAACUCUUCCAAGUUACCAUGUCUGCAAGUGGGACGAACAGGAAUGAAGUUACAUCUACCCAUAAACAACUGAACUCAGUUUACACUUAUUUCCUAUGCCCUGCCAUUUUUUGAUCAGUUAGGCAUGCACACUUUGAAGCUGAAGAAGGUUAUGGUCAGUUAUUUUAUGGUCAUUAAAUUUGUGAAGCUUAAGGCAACAUUUAACAUCUUUGUCAAAUAAAGCAGAUCUUAACUCUAGUCUUCUAGGGUUAAUCAUUUUGGUUCAUUUGGGAAAUGUUUUUUUCCCAUAAUUACUAAAUGGCCCUCCCUAAUUUUUACCACAUGUGACUACUUAAAUAUACUGUUACAGUGUGAUUUUAUUAAACAUAUUCUAAUAUAAUUCACCUGUCAAAACAAUAGACAGUUUACAGAGUUCUUAGAUUAGUGUGAACUACUAAAGAUAAUUUUUAAGAGGGAAAUGGAAUUCAUAAUACCACCUCUUAUUUAUUAUGAGCAAUAUUUUAAUAUGAAAAUUUUAUAAAAAAAAUGCUAUUUUAGGUACCUUUUCAUUCUCUUUAUAAAUGUGUAUUUGAGUGGUUCUGUAUAUUAUAUUUACACUUUCAUGUGUGAAUAUGUUGCCCAUAUUUCAGAUCACUGAAUUUUAUUCUCUUAAUACACUGUUUUUACAACUAUUAUCUUGUUUUCCAAAGAUAAAUGUAUUUAGGCAUAGAAAUCUAUCUAGUUGAAUUGUUUUGACUUCUGGUAACUCUUUGGAAAGAGGAAUUAAUAACUUUUUAAAGAAAGAAUGCAGGAAAAUAGAAGAUAUUUUUUUCUAACAAAGGCAGUUACGAGUUAGUUCAGGAAGAAAAUGCUAAUCUAGUUUUUAUAUGUCAGCUUGUCUCUGGAAGUAAAAGCCUAUUCUACAUCAUUAUUACUUUUAAUGACUUUGAUGUGUUAGAAUUUGGACAGUUUUAGUCAAGCCUCACUUCCAAGUCAAAUGUAAUAUCUAUCUUCAAAUAGAAUAUGCCAUGAAAUUGUUGUCCUGUCUUUGAGAAAAAUUAAAAUGAUUUAGUGUGCCACUCUGGAUAAAAGUUCAAGAAUCCUUCAGCUGUCCAAAUUCUGCUGUCAACAUCGUUGAAAGUUGAGCCCAAAGAAAGCAUUGUGAGAUAUUUUCCUAAACUGUAGAAUCUAAAGGAAAAGAGAAGAUUGCUUGACACAACAAAACAAAACUCUAAUCCAAAAUAAUAAGCCCAUUUAUAAGAGGAUAUUCUUAUUAGUUGCCUGUUAUGUUUCCAAAGAGUUCUGAAACUAAUAGUUUGUCUCACAGGUAAAUAAUAGGUUUUCAAAUAAUGUAUUAUAGUAAAAGCUACAACCAAUGCAGAAUUAAAAUGGGCUCUAAAUUCUGUUUUCAACUGGUGCUUAGAAUGUAUUUAUGAGGUAGGAUCCUUUGCUUAAUAGAAACUACGAAAAAGCCCUUUAACUUGGCAGUUUCAUGCCUAAAGAAAGGUAUGAAUGACUUCUGCCUUACAUUUGGCUCUGGCCCUGGCUUGGGUCAGAUUUUGGUCUUAAACACAAAGAGUAUUUGGCUAAGCAAAGAAACACCUCAAUCUAGUAGAAGACAGCCUUUUAUGAUGCUAAAAUGUGUAUGUUAAAUUUGCCUCAGGAUAUUAAUUGAUAUUUCACUAAUUUUGUUUUGCUUUUUUUGAAAUAUAAUUGCUUUUUGGAGGGAGCUUUUGAAAGAUGCUUUCAAUUUCUCUCAAUUGAGUCAUCCAAAAUGAAUUUAAAAUCCAGGGAGUGGGGAUGCAUUGCCUUAGUUUUGAUAAGCUUUAAAUUUAAUGUGUGCAAUAUCAAAAUGUCUAUAAAUUUAUAGGUUGAAUAAAGAUACUUCCUGAUGAUACUAGUAAGUAUCUCAGUGCUUCAUUCCUGUGAUCACAUUUUCAAAUUUGACUUUACUUUUUUUUUUGUCAUAACUGAUUAAGAAUGUUACCAGCCAGUGUGCUUGCAUACAUUUGUGCUUCUAUUUAGAUCACUUAGGGACAGUCAUAAAAGUUUGGGAUAUGUUGCAUUUGAUACACAUAGUAGCUUGUUUCUAGAAUAUGAGCCAUAUGGUGCAGUCUCAAAUACAACAGUCUUACCCAAAGCAAGUAUUUGCUUAUAUCUUAAAGAGUUUCUGGCAAAUAUAUAGCUUUACUAAUGAGUUUGGCACAAUUGGAUGGGAUCGUAUAUGUACCAAGGUCUUAAUUGGGGAUUCUGAUUUAUUCCAUUUAGAUAUUUCUACUUAAGCUCUUCAAAGGAAAGGUGCUCUUAAAAAAUAUCUGCGGUGCUGGUACUCGCACUAGAACCUAGUUUGGAUGGAUAUUCUAGUAAAAAAAUUUUUGAAAAAAAUAUUUUGCACAGCAGUUUAUCUAAAAUUUGGUGAUCUUAUAUUUCUAUGUCAGUUUUCUUGAAUAUGCAAUAUUGUAUAUGCUAAAAUAAGAAUAAAGGAUAGAGUCGAGUUCUACCUUGAGAGGACAUGAAAUACCACAAAUAUUGAUUACCAUACUUGGCUAUUUUUCUGUACAGUUGUUCGUAUCCUUUGAGGAAGUUUAGAAGAAAAUCUCACACAUAACUUCAGUUUCAAAAUGGCAAAAGAGAGACUGCUAAUCAGCCAUUACUAACAUUUUCACAGCUCAAAUGAUUAAGGAGAAUGAAACAAGACUAAUUUUUUUUUCACUUUAGAUUUCAUAAUUAGACAAGUUGAACUAAGAAAUCAGUUUCGAGUGGAAAGUAAUUUUGACCACACAAGAUUAUUUUCUUUAAAUAUUUAAAAUCCUCUAGCCCUUUAAAUUAAGCUAAAAAUCUGUUUACUUUAGGAUUAUGAUCCUUUAAUCCCAGUACUUAAUGUCCAGAUUAGUCCUUUUUUUAAGGCAUGCACGUGUCAAAUAAUGCACCAAUAAUAGAUGAUGCAUGCAGGCGGCAGGAUAGUGUUUUGUGCCAUUAUGUAGUUCCUUACACACAGUGCGGAGCAAAGAAAUGUUACUAGUUUUUCAAAUCAUGUGUUCAUUUUGUCACAAAGUAUUCAUUUUCAUAUACAUUUGAGGAUUAUUUUUAAAUAAAUUCAUGUUAGAAAGUGAUUGCAGAAAUAUAGACAAAAUAUAUUCUAUUUUCUUACUGGCACCUUGACAGGCAUCUUGAGAUUUCUCGAGUUUUUUCAUUUUACCAUAUUUCUUACCACUGAAAAUGGUUUAAAGUGAGUUCUUUUUUGUUUGUAUUUAUUUAUUUUUUUUUUUUUACUUCGGUGUUUACACUGUUGAGGAUUGUCAGCUUUUGCUGGGUUUUUUUUUUUUUUAAUUGAUUUUUAGGGAUCAAUGUGUAUGUGCUAAUGUUUACCAAUUUUUGUUUUAUUUUAAAAGAAAUCUGCUUGUGUUAUUAAUGUUGUAAAAUGUAAUACAAAAUGUAUAUGCUCAAAACUUCAGUAGGAACUUUUAAAGAAUAAAUUAUUUGUGUAGCUUAAUAGGAGGUUUGGGUCAGUAAUCAUAAAAUUAGGGUUACGUGACAUGAAAACUUUCAAGUGGUACAAUGUAGAGUUCUUGUAGUGUUAUUUUUAUGCUAAAGUAAGAUAUUUGAAUAUUUUUAAGUACUUAAUAAAAAAUGUACUACUCUGCAAA